UAAGAAACUUCAUUCACGAAGUUCGUCAUUCUGAGAUUUCGAAGUCGUCGGUCGGGAUGGAGAAAGGCCUUCCUUGCAGGCCUUGCCAGUGUGGAAUUCUAAUCACCAUUGCUGCAACCUUGUUUUCGUUCUUCGUAAUUCAGCUGGCCAACGUAGACCUGAAGGGCCGAUCGUUGUGCCUGCUUCCAGAUGGCCUCAAAUCCAAGCACAGUUGUUACGCUCUCGUCCCUCCUGAAGGAAAUCGCAAUGUGAGUGGCCUGCAAGAGAAGCUGACGGCGAAUGUCACGGUGGCAAGAAGAAAGAAAAGGGACCCUGUGCAGUGGACGGAGGCUGCUCAUGUGAUGAUCUACGAUGCCAUAACACAACUCCAGCAUCCGCAAUCAUGCGAUGACGCGAAGCUUAUGGUCGUGGAGGCUGACGUUAGCGGUAACAAAGCAGUUCGAUUUUACGCAUUCUGAUGCUAACGCUGGCAGGAAAAGCCAUAACACAAAAUGCGUGCAGGUCUCAUGUGGAACUUCCAGUCCUUCGUCCGGGCAUUAUCGCUUGGUAUGAAGCUGAAUCGCACAGUGAUUCCAGCUCCGCGAAGACUUGGAGGAAAGCGUUGGGAGUAUGCUACAUUUGAUGGCUGCGACGAGAAGCACUUGAGUUGCUAUUUUCCAGAUAUAACGACCUGCAAGAUGCCUGACGACCUCAACUCGACAAUUUCUUGGAGGCCCUGGAACUUCACAUGCAAUGGACAGUGCGACAUGGACCGUUUGGUCGAAAUCUCAAAUGAAAGGGUCAUUUACCUGGAGCCGAUGAAUGGAGCUUAUCCUGGAUGGGGUGGCGAUGUCUGGCCGUCGCAUUUCUGGACGCGAAUGAGAAGUGACCCGUGUCUUUUCUUUCAGCGUUGUGAAAAUGCAGAUGUGGCAGGGUUCUUUCCUGGUUCAGGGCCAACAUUCAUGCUACAUGCGAUCAUCAGCCGAUGGCUCUUUCAGCCGCACCCCCACAUUCAUGACCUUGAAAAGGACAUUCUGAAGCAGUAUCCAGCUUGGUCAAGGCCCACGGUGUCUCUUCACAUAAGGCGAACAGACAAGGAACAAGAAGGUAAGGAUCUUAUUGCGAUUACCUUACAACUGAUUAUUCACUCUUCUUACCUUGUACACUCUCUGCAGAUCCUUUCUGGAGGCUUAAUGGUCACCAGUACCGAGGCUUGAGCAACUACACAAAUGCCAUCGAAACUUCAGCAGCAAAUCUGAGCAUGCAUUGGAACAGCCUCUUCAUCAUGAGCGACAGUCAGACUGUCAUCAAGAAUAUGGAGAGCUAUGUGUCUACUAUUCCAGAGGGCCCACUGCUCAUGUAUGACAACUUGACUGACAGAACGGUUCUGGAAAGGGUUGGUGGACAUGUGAAUGUCCCUGCAGAUGAGAAGAGAGGCAUUCAGGAUCAUUUUCUCGCAAGCUUCUCCCUGGCAUACAAGAUCAGCGACCAUGCUAUUGGCACAAUUUCCUCGAAUGUGUUUCGAGUCCUGGUGCAGCUCCUGGGAGCUGAGAGGAAGAUGGUGCAGACUGAAACGGUUGGCCCUCUGGCUACUUCCUUGGACACCCCUGAAGGAUGGGCAGGAUAGUACUGCUCUUUGUGAAGGAUGCACAUGAGCCAUCAAAUUCUGAAACAAAUGUGAGCAGUCAACCGUUCAGAAAUGGAUGUGCCUUUCGCGAUC